AUGAAGCAAUGUUCGUCACGCAUUUCUAUUCGUUGCCUUUCUUCGCGUUUAUGUGGAGUGAUAUUCAAAGAUCUAUUACGGCUUUUAAUGCGAGUGUCCUUUUUCAUUUAUGAUUUCUCGCUGAAUAUCCCAAAAUUCUGGGUGCUACUUGGGAUAGCUUGUAUUUUACAAUAUCUGUGUAUUCGUUUCGUGUAUAAUUUGAACGCUACCGUGGAAGCACUCACUGUGACACUUGUUGUAACUUUGCCAAAAAUCUGUUCACACCAAUGCAUUGGUUUGGUGCUGUCUCGUUUUCGGAGGAACUGCCUGUUU